GCGGAAGAUGGCGGCCGAGCCCUGCAGUCGGGGCCGGGGGCCGUACCGGCGGCCGCCACUCUCCACCCUCGCCGCUGCCCUCCUCCUGCUGGGCUGCAGCCCGGCCCCCGCCGCCGCCGCCGCCUCUUCCAGUUGUCACCACCGCGUUCCCAGCGGCGGAGAGGUUGUCUACAAAGUUUAUCUUAAGGAAAAUCAUGUUCUCAAGAGAAAUGUUGAUCAAAAACUGAGAAUUAAGACUAUAUAUGACAGAAGUGUCGAAGAUUUGCUCCCUGAGAAACGACACCUUAUAAAGAACAAACUUUUCCCACAAGCUAUUUCUUAUUUGGAAAAGACUUUUCAAGUUCGCAAACCAACAGGUACUAUUUUGCUAAGCAGGCAAUGCGCAACAAACCAGUAUUUAAGGAAGAAAGGUGACCCUCAUAGAUAUUGCCAAGGAGCCUGUGCAGAACACACAAGAUGUGGCCCAGUUGUAGUUCCUGAGGAACACUUACAGCAAUGUAGGGAAUAUAGCGCAAAAGAAGGGCAUUGGGGACCAGCUGGCUUACCAGACCAAGAAGGAAUUCGAGAUGCCGAUUUUGUACUUUAUGUCAGUGCUCUUACUACUGAAAGAUGUGGUCAGGAAAAUAUUAUUGCGUACGCAGCCUACUGCCAACUGGAAGCAGAAAUGGACAGGCCAGUAGCAGGAUAUGCUAAUUUGUGUCCAAAUAUGAUUUCUACUCAAGCUCAGGAAUUUAUUGGCAUGCUGUCUACAGUGAAACAUGAAAUUAUUCAUGCACUGGGUUUCUCUGCUGGGCUAUUUGCAUUUUAUCACGAUGAUGAUGGAAAUCCUUUGACAGCAAGAUAUGCAAAUGGGCUCCCACCUUUUAAUGACAGUCUAGGUUUGUAUCAGUGGAGCAAUAAAGUUGUUGAUAAAGCAGUGAGGUUAUGGGAUAUACGAGGUAAUAAGAUGCUGCGCCAUGAUGUAUUUCUUCUGAUAACACCUCGAGUAGUUGAAGAAGCUCGGAAACAUUUUGACUGUCCAAUUCUAGAGGGAAUGGAGCUUGAAAACCAAGGUGGCAUGGGUACUGAGCUCAAUCACUGGGAAAAGCGAUUGUUGGAGAAUGAGGCAAUGACUGGAUCCCACACACAGAACAGGGUCUUCUCCCGGAUUACCUUAGCAUUAAUGGAGGAUACAGGCUGGUAUAAAGCCAAUUACAGCAUGGCAGAGAAAUUAGACUGGGGCCGUGAUAAAGGCUGUGACUUUGUGAUGAAAAGCUGUAAAUUUUGGAUUGACCAAAAGAAAGAGAAGAGGCAAUUGGUGAGUCCAUAUUGUGACACUCUGAGGAGUAAUCCACUGCAGUUAACUUGUAGACAGGACCAAAAGGCAGUAGCAGUAUGCAAUUUACAGAAAUUCCCAAAGCAGUUACCUCAGGAGUACCAGUACUUUGACAGUCUUAAUGGAGUACCAUCGGAAGAUUUGCCUUAUUAUGGUGGCUCAGUAGAAAUUGCUGACUAUUGCCCCUUUAGUCAAGAAUUUAGUUGGCAUUUAAGUGGUGAAUUUCAACGCAGCUCAGAUUGUAGAAUAAUGGAAAAUCAGCCAGAUCCUUUAAAAAACUAUGGUGCAGAGAAAUAUGGACCAAACUCUGUAUGUCUCAUUCAGAAAUCAGCAUUUGUCAUGGCACAGUGCAGAAAAAAGCUCAGUUACCCUGAUUGGGGCAGUGGAUGUUAUCAGGUUUCUUGUUCUCCCAAGGGGCUGAACGUUUGGGUCAAGGACACAGCAUACUUGUGCAGCCGCUCCGGUCAAGUGUUAACUGUUAGCAUUCAGAUGAAUGGAUGGGUACAUGCUGGAAAUCUAAUUUGUCCAGCUUGUUGGGACUUCUGUGAUUCCUGUCCCCCUGAACGAGAUCCUCCAGCUUCUAACGUAACAAGGGCACUAUCAAUUGAUUUGUGCUCCUGUUCCUCCAGCCUGGUUGUAACGCUCUGGCUGUUGAUGGCUAACUUGAUCCCCUUGCUGACAGGAUUUCUUCUGUGUGUAUGGACUUAAGUGUGGGUAAAAAAUGUACUUACUCCAAGACUUCACCACCAUGCUGCAUUCCUCGAGUCAAGAGCACUACCAUAGUGCAACAUCUCUGCAGGCACCAGUCUCACACUGGACGAUAGACGAAAAGGCAGUCUCACUACUGCUUGUAGCCAAGAAGGUGCUCACAACAGCAGCUAGCUUUUAAGAGGAGGCAAAGUAACUAUGCUUUCUCAAUAAGUGCCAGUAUUUUCUGAAUUCAGACCUUUAAUUUUAACAGUAACAACUUUUGAAGAUCAAAUGUGCUAGCUGCAUUAGGCAACUGGCAACUCAGUCAUUAGUGAUAUACAUGUGAAACUGUAAGAAUGCUUCUUGGAUUUUGUUUUGCUAAAUCCUCUGUGUAAGUGAUAGCAGGAUGUUGUUUUUUAGCAUCCUCAAACUGGAGAUAUACCUCAUUGUUUCUUUAGUGAAAAGCCAUGGAAAAAAAUCAGUUGGCAUUGCUGCUAGGAACCUAGGCUGAAAUGGGCUUUUAGCAAGUCUUGCAAUUUCAGCCACACACGCACAGACAUACACACAAAACACUGAUAUUAUGGCAUUGCUGCCAAAAUACUAUUGUGUACUUUGAAACUUUAUGGUGAAUUGAUGGUAUAUUUUUCAUCCAAUUUGUUUCUUUACAUUCAAAUAUUUUAGUAAUCCCACUUCAGCUUUUUGAAGCCCACUCUCAUUGAACGCGUGCCAGUUAUGUGAAAAUUGAUGCACUACGUAUUUGAAUCUUACCAGGGUAACUUUAAGAAGGGGGAACACUGAUGUACUUUUGAUGGGAUGGUCAAAAUAUUUCACUUCACUACAGUAGUUUUUGUCCUUUACCUUCAAUAUCAGUGUUCAGAGUGCAGGUGAGGUGGGUGGUGGUGGUGGUGGUGUUUUUUUGGCACUUUAUGGGUGUUGAGAGCUAAACAGCAGUGAAGUAAUGUGUUCUAUUCUGCAUAGAUAAUGUGAACACACAACACCUGUGCUCUAACUUGACUUUCCUUUGGGGGAAAAAUAAUAGUGAUGGCAACUGUAGUAAACAAAGACAGUGACUACUUUAGGCCAAAACAAGAUAAACACACUAAGAAAACUAUAGACUGGCUCUUCUGAUGGACAUGUGGCUGACCUCUAAAGUGAUACUGGGUACGUGAAGAUUUAAAAUACUGCUAUGAAAACAGCUAUUUUUUUAAACCAGGGCAUACUGUGCUAUAAAGAAGCACAAGUUAGUGGUGCACAAAAUCUACUAGAUUUAGGGAAAUGUGUAGAAUUGCUGUUUCUCCUGGGGGCACUUAGAGAUGCAAACUUGCCCGUAUCUUACCCCUUUUGGACUUACAAAUAAGUCUUGCUUGCGCUAUUCAGUCUGUCCAUGCUGAUAGUUCUGAUUCUCAGAAAACUGUUUCCAUUACAGAUGUGAGGGGGCAGGAGUGCCCAGUGGUUCCAGCAUAUACCAAGACAAGACAAAGAGGAUAAAUAUCUUCUAACCUCCCUUUAAGCUGCUAUAAGGAAAUGGAUUUGUCAGGGACUUUUUGCAAGGAAAAAAGGGUGAAGAUAUGGAAUAAAAAUCCUCUGGUCACAGAUGAACUUGUCCAUUAGUAGGGAGAGUUUCCAUUAUGGUUAUAUGCAUGUUAAAGAAAAAUCUUUGUAUGCCUACUGCAUUUUUUUUUAACAUUAUCCCCAUAAAAAUAGGGUUUUUGUAAUGUGGCCAAUGUCACUGAAUCCCCAAUUUGCUACACAAGUUAAAACUGCCCUAAGGAAUCACAACUGAGAAUCCUUUGCAUUGGACUAGUUCCAAGUUAUAUACACUGCUUUAAAUUAUACGAGGCCUAAAUUAGGUUUAAAUAUGUGUGUUUAAAACAUUUUAUCCCUAAUUGCUAUAGUUUUUUAAAACAUACAAAUUUGGAUUAAGACACACUAAAAAUAAUGAACAGACUGAUAAAUGUUAAUAUAUACACAAUGCAACAACAGUGUGAAAUGGUUCCUUGAAAACGCAUAAUGGUUUGAAAAGAUUUUAGGCCCCAGAGGUUGAUAUUGUAUCUUUUGUCUGUUGUGCAAUAAUAGAAUUUAAGUAGCAUCACUCAACAAUGAUGCUUUUUAUACUUGAAAAUUUUUCUUGGUUAUUUUUUCUUAAUAAUGUAAAAUAUUUGCACUGUCUCAACUUUCUGAUUAACUUUAUAGCUGUUAAGCAUUUUUACCAGUGUUAAUUUAUUGCAUUGGACAUUUGAUCUCCUGAUCUCCUGUUUGUACAAAUGUGAAACUUGCUAUCUUUGAAUGAAUAAUCUUGUCUUCAACUGAACAGUUAUCUAUCCCAAUUGCUCAGUCUGCUCUCUGAGAAUGUAGUGAAACAUGUAAGGUGACUUGAAAAGACAGUGCUUUCUUACAUCUGCAUUGUGUACUAUAUAAUAAGUGAGUGACCAUCGUGCAUUGUAGAGGGAGAACUCACCUACGUGUGAGAACGCUUCGAGGCAGACUUAACAGUACUUGCUGAGUAGUUGUUUUUAAUGUAUCCAGUGAAGUAAAAAUAUGAUUGCCUUAAUAAUCCUGAGAUUUCAGUCAUGAUUUCUGUGAGCACAUGCAGCAGUCAAGAAUCCAGCUAUGAAUGGUAGAAUUGGAAGUGACUUCCUGAUUUUUGUAGAAAAAUGUAUUUGAACAGGUUAAUUUUUGAUAUUUUUAUAUUAGUAAGCUAAUGACAGGUAGCCCCAUUGUAGUAACAAUGUGAUGGCUGAUAGAUGUAAUGAGGUCACCUUUAAGGUGAGAGUGAAGAGGUGGCUGCCAAUGCAGUGGAAAUACCCCUUUCCAUCUCAGAAGGAAUAACUGAAUAAAACCGCCUACCUCAGUUUUCUAUACUGUCUUAGAUUUAAAUAUUCAACAUACUGUUAACUUCCAAAUCUCAAGCUGAAUCAGUAAAAACAUCUCAGGUUUUUAAGAGCAGAAUUAGAGUAGGAAGCAUAAGCCAUUUCAGAAUGCGGAAUAUACAGCUGAAAGUCCUAGUUUAAACAGUCAUUUAGGCAGCCUUAAGUGUUGUCUAACAAAAUUGUCAGUGUUAUUUUUCUAAAAUAACCUGCAGGAAGCUACUCUUGCUUCCUAGUUGCACUUAUUCUGUGAUGUACUUAGAGCUUUCUUCCUGGACUAGCAAAUAAGUUACUUGACUUGCUGUAGCUGAAUUUUCUUGAUUUAUAUUAUAAUUAUUUUGUAAAGCACUACAUAUUUGCUUAUAGGAAAAAACUGUGUCUCCUUUCUCAAAGGUGUUUCACAAUUUUUUUUCCUAGUUUUAAUCUAAAAUAGCAACUGAAGGUUCAGGUGAGCUAGAUUUGAGGAACACCACAGUGGCACUGGUCUCAAAGAAUUACAGGGAGAAGAGGGAUAGUUCUUGGUCAGAUAAAUUGUUUGCAAUGAGCAGAAUGCUCCAAACCACCAGGCAGUACUGUUACUCCAGUGCUGUGCUCUUGUAAAUGAGCUGAUUCCUGGGACUUUGGAAUCUGGAUCCAUUGCAGGUAUCUAAGGAGAAUUUUGCUCCAAUGUUUUACUUGACUAUUAGUACAAUGUAGUUUAUCUUUUUGAUGUGCACUAGUAAACUAGGAACAAAUAUCUAAUCUAAAAUCAUAUGUCCUCUGCCCUUAUUUAGGAGGGACGGUGCCUAUUUUAAAAUAUUUUCUGUCCUGAAAUUUUUUCUACACUAAUGUAUCUCAGUGCAGCUGGAGAGGCGUAUGUUUUUUCUUCUCCAAAGUUCCUAUUAAUGUCAAGUUGGUGACCUGUGGCUGAGCAGUAUAAGGCCCUGACUCUGCAAAGUGAGAUGGAAGGGAUGAUGUGGGUGUAAGGCUCUGUAUGCAUUUAUAUCACUUUGCAAGGUUAGGGUCCAUGCGUAUACAUUAAGUGGUACGUUUGUGUGGUAUGUGGUAUUGGGCCUAUGGGUACAAAUGUCACCUUUAUUCUGAAAACAGAAUUAUUUUGGAUGAGAGAACUGACUGUGACCUUGAGUAUGUGUUUCCUAUUUUAGUACAGAAUAUAAAUGUAGAGUAAAUUUUACAUUAUUUCUUGUGACUGGAAUUGAGGAUUAAGGGCUAACUUUUGUUUGUGCUGUUGUGAGUGGAAGGUUUUGUUUUCAUGUGUUAGGUACUGCCAUCUUCAAAUAAUGAAACAAAUCCUUGUACAUCAAUAAACACUUGUCUAGAAAAUUGUA